GGUAAAUUGACCAAGAGAAAGUGAAAGUGACUGGCUCAAAACUGAGCUGCUCGUCAACUGUCAUAGCGAAGCUGGACUGAAAAGUUUUCAGCAUUUUGUGGACUUGUACGAUUUUAUCUUUCGUCUCUUCGUGGUCCUGAGUCACUUGUUAUGGUGAACAGCAGGGUGGAGGCGCCCGCAGUGGCAGUGAUGGGCAGCGGCGAGUCGACAGCAGGAAGGUCGUGCGCAGGAUGCGGAGGUCGAAUCGUGGAGCGUUUCCUCCUCUUCUCCAUGGAGCGGUACUGGCACACGCGCUGCCUAAAGUGCUCCUGCUGCCACGCUCAGCUGGGCGAAUACAGCAGCACCUGCUACAGCAAAGGUGGCAUGAUCCUCUGCAAAAACGACUACAUCAGGCUGUUUGGGCACAGUGGAGCGUGCAGUGCUUGUGGACAAUCUAUCCCUGCUAGUGAAAUGGUGAUGCGGGUCCAAGGAAACGUUUACCACCUGAAGUGUUUUAUUUGUGCAACCUGCCGGAACCGCCUGGUCCCCGGUGAUCGCUUUCACUACAUCAACGGAACCAUCUUCUGUGAGCACGAUCGGCCAGGAGAUGGACUGCUCAGUGGACAUCCGACUCAACUGCAGGCAAACAGUCUGAUGUCUGAUCAAAAGGUUUGCUGAAGAACAGGAUGGAGAAACAAAGGUGUGCCUUCUCCUCUGAAAGAGUUCAUUGCUUCAUUCAGGACGGUUGAACCACACGGCUGCCAUCGGGACAUCGAAAAAAAACCAACGUUUCGUUGCAGGGAUUGCAAUGAAAUUGCCAAACAAAUAAGGAGGCAACACUGAGGGCAGAAAGUGAACUCUUUUUCCAAAAUGACAAGCGAGCAUUUCUUGGUUUCGAGAAAAACGUACGUUAUGGCUGUUGUGAGUGAUAAGGUUCCUUCCUUGAAUGUGUUGGUCUCAAAGUGGCGAAUUAUGGAACCAUUCAAGCCUUAUUCUGAAUUGCAGUUUGCGUAAUAACAUCAGAAACUAAAAGACACAUCCAUUGAAGUCCAGCGCUUAUCCUCUUCAUCGUUGAGUUUGAACGGAUGGCUGUGAAAAUAGAGCAUGAUCUGUAAAAACACGACUUUUGUUCUGAUGCUGGCAGCUGGAACGUCCGUGUAUCCCAUACGCGACGUGAUUUAAUUAAUACCUGUCAAGCAGGGGUGUCCAAACGUUUUCCACCGAGGGCUACAUCCUGAAAAAUGUAAGAUAUGCUAAGAGGUCAUAUACAAGUAUGUGGCUUUUCAACACAACAGAGGCGGAGCGAGAAAAAACACACACAGGACUGGACUUAUUAUCUUAUGAUGGAUUAUUUUGCACUUGAAUUUGAAGUGAUUAUUUAUGUAUUUAUUUAUUUAUUUAUUUAGUUCUUUAUUAUUGAUUUGGUAUUUAUUUAUUCUUAUUUUUAUUAUCGCUCUUAGCUUGCUUGGUUUGUUUUAUUUUUAAGUGUUUAAGAUUAUUAUGACAUUUUUGCAGAGCUGCUGGAAAUGUGAAUAUCUCUUGGAGAUUAAUAAAGUCAAUAUCUAUCUAUCUAUCUAUCUAUCUAUCUAUCUAUCUAUCUAUCUAUCUAUCUAUCUAUCUAUCUAUCUAUCUAUCUAUCCAUCCAUGUAAAAACUGCAUCUCAGCUUUGUGAUAUACAGCAGGUGAAAAAGUCGAUUAUUAGUAUCAACUCUGCUCUUUUUUCCUAUUUUUUCUCUUGUUUUUUUUUCCUCCCAAAUAUUUCAACUUGCUUCUUCAAUAGAAUUUUCCUUUUUGUAAUA